AUGCGUCCUGCUGUGCAAUAUCGAUAUGAAUGUCACCAAUAUGGUGGUGCAAAGGCCCUUGGUCACACUUCUCGUGACCACUACAAUUUUGUGAAUAGGCUAAAGAUGAAGGCAAUUGAAGGAGGUGAUGCACAAGUUGUCAUCGAUAAGCUUAGCCAAAGGGCUGCUGAUGAGGAUGACUUUUUUUAUAGGGCUAAAUUGGAUAGCAUGGGUAGGUUGUGUAAUGUGUUUUGGCGCGAUUCUACGAUGAAGGAUGAUUAUGAAUUGUAUGGAGAUGUUAUUGUUUUUGAUACCACUUAUCGUACAAAUAGGUAUAAUUUGAUAUGUGGUGCAUUUGUGGGUAUAAACAAUCAUUGGAAGAAUGUAAUGUUUGGGUGUUGCUUUUUGUCGGACGAGACAAUUGAUACAUUUGUUUGGCUCUUUGAGGUUUUCAAGAAAUGUAUGGUUGGAGUUUGUCCUAUGUCAAUAUUUACAGACCAGGAUCAGGCCAUGAGCAAUGCUUUGUCUCAGGUGUUUCCUAACACGAGGACGAGGCUAUGCCAGUGGCAUCUUUAUCAGGAUGCAGUUAGUCACUUUGGGACUUUCAAGAGUGAUGACACAUUUUCCGAUGCUUUUAAGAAAUGUCUUCGUGGUUGUUAUGAUAGCGUUGAGUUUGAGGCAAGUUGGGAUUAUAUGAUGAAGAAGUAUGGCCUAGAAGGAGACAAGUGGUUUGCUCGUUUGUAUCAGUUGAAGGAUAAGUGGUCCACAACAUUGAGUAAGGACUUCUUCUCAGCUGGAAUUUUGUCUUCCCAACGUAGUGAAAGUACUAAUAAUGCUAUAGGCUUUCAAGCUUCCAAGACAACAAGCUUGUAUGAUUAUUUUGCUACAAUGUUUAAGGAUUUUGAGCAAGAAUUUGGGUAUUCUUUGGGUACUAUUUGUGAGUUGUUGACUAUGGACGACACAAUAUUUGUUUAUAAAGUGUGGCCUGAGAAGCAUCCACAACGGACACACCAAGUCACUUUUGAUUGUGUCAACAGGGUGUAUAACAAUCUCAUCAUAAGAAGUCAUGAUAAUGAAGAGGCAAGGAAGAUAAUGGAGAAGGGUUAUAUGCGUGAUCUUGCUGAUGUGCUGACUGUUUUUGCUAAUAUUAACUUAGGUGAUUCAGAAUCAGGUGUUGGAGAAUCAACUGCAUCAAAUUCCUCUACCAUUACUGUUUUUGAUCCUCCUUGGGUUAAAAGGAAAGGAAGAAGUGUGAGGUCGAAAAGUGGAAUUGAGAAGAGCAAGAAGGGCAGAGGUCGUGGGAAAUGUGUUUCAAAUGUUGCAAAGGAGUUUGGUUCUUACACUCCACCUGUAAGAUUAUUUUGA